AUGGCUACUUUCUCUUGUCACUGCUGCCCUUCUUUCCCCUUCUCUCUCUUGCUGCCCUCAUCCUUCUUCAUUCUCUCUCUCUCUCCCCCUCAUUGCCAUCAUCCUUCUUUCCUCUCCCCCUCAUUGCCAUCAUCAUCCUUCUUUCCUCUCUCCCUCAUUGCCAUCAUCCUUCUUCUCUCUCUCAUUGCCAUCAUCCUUCUUCUUUCUCUUAUUGUCAUCAUCCUCCUUCUUUCCUCCCUCUCAUUGCCAUCAUUAUCAAUCUUCUUUCCUCUCACUCUCAUCACCAUUUUCCUUCUUAUUUUCCUUUUUCUUUCUCAUCACCAUGAUAACUCUUCUUUCCACUCUCUUAUCAAUAUUAUCCAUCUUUUCUCUCUCUCAUUAACAUUAUCCUCCUUUUUCUUCUCUCUCAUCACUAUUGUCCUUCUUUGCUCUCUCUCUAAUUCCCAUCAACCUAAGACCUUUCUGCAGAAAGACAUUAACAGUUAUACAGUUUACUUUGCCAUUUAUAAAUUCAUUUAUUGA